CUUGUCAGUGUCAGUAUGUCAUUAACUUUUCGUGUAUAAUGGUGGAGAUGGCAAAUCUGUUGUCAAACAUUGAUAUUUAUAAGAGAAAAUUGCUUUAAACAUGUUUAUAAUAAACAAAUAGCUUCAGUUCUGAUUGAAACUUGCCAUAUUUAACUAUGUCUGUGUGGUGAAAUGAUUCCCCGCCUGAGCCAUACGAGACUGAAAGCCACAUGGUGUAGAUAGUGAAGACAGUUUAUCCAGAUUCAGAUAAUAUGAAGCCGAGGCUUUUGAGCCAUGUGAUUUUAUUUGUGCAACUGUAUAUUUCAAUAUGGGCACAAGAGAGCUGCUCCAGCAAGUGCGUGUGCAAAGCAAACAUCCAAAAAGAUAGUGGAAACUUCGUAAAAAUUACAUGUGGGGAGACCGAGAAAAUAACUCAUCUAGAUGAGCUGGAGCUGCUUAAUAUAGCUAAUGAAUUGGUGCAAUUGAAUCUCUCAAAUAACAACCUGCAGACAUUCUCGCCAAAGGUUGAACUAAUAGCCCUUCAAAAGUUGAAUCUCAGUGGUAACCAAAUCACUCAGCUAGAAGAACACCAAUUUAAAGAAGUACCAAAGCUGAAGCGACUGGAUCUGUCGGCCAACAGAAUCAAGCAUGUGGAUGUAAAGGCAUUUCUGAACCUCAAGGAUCUAGAAAAGCUGAAAUUAAACAACAAUGAAAUAUCGACGAUUACUUUAGGCACUUUGGAUGCCAUGCCCAAUCUGAGACAACUUGAUAUAUCAAACAACCCUCUGCAAUGCGAUUGUGGGCUGCUUUGGAUCCUGGAUUAUGCAUCGAAGCAUUCAAUAAAGUUAAUGUCGAACCCCAAAUGCAGCAGUUCUACAUUCAAAGGCAUUCCACUUAGGAAGCUGAAAGUUGGGGUCGAUAUUCAUUGCAGAUCAGCAUCGCACAACAGUUUGUUGCCUUUUUUGGAUUUGCAACCGGCUAAUAAUCAGGUUGUAUUCGAGGGCGAUGCCCUUAAGCUGCACUGCAAAGCCCCCAGCAUAACUGACAGCACAAACGACUCCAGGCUUGACUGGUUGUGGCUAGACUCCAAUCCAAAGGACCAUUUUAGUGAUAUUUCCAUUAUAAAUGAUUUCCUUCCCAAUGCGGGCAUUAUUGAUAGUGUUUUGUACUUAAAGAAGUUAUCCAGAUCGCAUACCGGGCUUUGGUCGUGCCUGUUCUCCUCCACCCAAGGAAACCAUUCCAAAAGUACAGCAAUUCUUGUGAUCUCUGAUGACACAAAAUACUGUCCAAUGACUACAACAAAAGGCAACAAAGGAACUUACAUUUGGCCUAGAACCAUUGUAAAUUGCACUGUCAGCAUACCGUGCAAGUUCUUAAACGAUUACUAUGAUUCUUCCUACCAAACAGUAUCGCAUUACUGCUCAUCGAAUGGAACUUGGCAGAGAUUGAAUUCGUCGCGUUGCUCAUAUAUUUCGGACACUACAAGAAUAUUGGAAGGAUUUUCAAAAGUGCAUAACAGCAUACUGGAAAGUGCGCGCCAUUUGAAGGAAUACACCACCAAUAUCAGCAUUUUCAAAGAUGUGAUGGAUCUGGUUUACACAGUGAAGACCAUUGAAAGCUAUGCCAGUUCGCAACCCAGUGAACCUCUGAGUAACAUUUUAAUGGAUGUUGUGAACAACUUGAUCAAUCUGCCGUGGUAUUAUUUGAAGAAAAGCGACGCAGAGCACAAAAGUUGCUCGAAGCUGGUCGAUUUUAUUGAAAGUUUGGCUUUAGCCAAUCCGAAUGUUCUGUUUCAAAGAGAGAGUUUUAUCGUACAAGCCUUUCCUCUGGAUAAAGGAAGCUUCUCUGGCCUGAAGUGUUCAUGGUUUCGAAGCGAAGUUAAUCCUUUCGAUUCGAUAUUUUCAUGCAACAGCAAUAACAACAUACCAGACUCUACAGCUUUUCAAGGGCGGAACAUUGAAACCUCGAUUAUAAUUCCCGAUAGUAUUUUCAACCAGACAAAAUCUCAGGCUGAUGCAGAUGCGAAAGAUUCUAGUGUGGUGGUGUCAAUACAUAGUUCUAGUAACUUUUUCCCAAUUGAUGCUACACGAGAAGGGAAUGAACUUGUGUCUUCAGCGGUGAUAGGAGUGAAAAUCGUGGGGUCUUAUCAAAUCGAGCCUUCACACCCGGUAAUAGUAACCAUUCGGGCACCGCAUUCAACGUCUUAUGAAGUGGCGCCUUUUACGCCCGUAUAUUGGGAUCAAGCCGCGGGAAAUUGGUCUGCUGAUGAGUGCCAAUUUGGGCAUCACUGGCAGGAUUACAUGGUAUUUUCCUGCAGAAAACUCGGCUAUUAUGGACUAAUGCAAGAAGUCGCCUACUCCAAUAGUACUGAAACAUAUCCAGGCGUCUUUCGAUUGUCGCAUCCAGCCAUCUACGUGGGAAACGCGCUUUUAUUCGUCUCACUGCUCACGGCGAUUUUAUCCUACAUUUUGGGAUUUGUCUCGAUACAGAUGCCGAAGAAGGCAAAGCACUGCCUGAUCAACACUUGGGCAGCAAUCGCUUUGUUGUGCUUUAUCUACUCUUUCGGCAUCUAUCAGACGCAAGAUCAGAAGCUGUGCCAGAUCAUCGGCUUGAUUUUGCACUACUUAUCGCUCUCCUCUUUGCUUUGGAUGUGCGCUGCUGUGAACACCAUGCAUAAAAGGCUGAGCAAGAAUGGCGAAUCAAUUUUACAAGAUGACGAUCUACCAAGCGAGCAGCCAAUUAAAAAGCCUGUAAUGGGGCUGUAUCUGGUGGGAUGGGGCGUAGCCCUAAUUGUUUGCGGCCUAUCGGCUGCUAUUAAUGUCCGAGAGUAUGCCUCACAUUCUCAUUGCUUUCUCCGCACUGGCCCAGCUUUGAGCGCUCUGUACCUGCCCUUUAUGAUCUUGUGCAUUUUCCUAAUCGUGUUCUUUUUGUUGAUUCGAUGCGCCAUCAGUAAUUUGGAUUUAUCGCACGGAGGGCACUUGAGUGAAGGCACGCAAGCCACUGAGCAUGUGGACUUGGAUCUUCUCGAACCAAACUUUCCUCAGCAGGACAACAGAAGCCUAAGAAGUUAUUCUUCGAAGACAGCGUCUAGCGAAACUGAAGACAACGAGCGUUCGCCUCUAGCUCAGCUUAAAGCCCAUGUUAUUUUUGUUUUUCUGUAUAUGUGUACGUGGUUGAGCGGGGCGUUUGCCACUGUUCCCCCAAUGGGCCUAGUUGCUUACGAAGCUGAGCUGUUUAGUGGAGCCUUUGUAAUAUGCGCCACGACCUUAAGUGCAUUUACUCUGUUUUUUUAUUGCGUGGCUAGAAACGAUGUCAGAACCCAGUGGAUGUCGAUGUUUAGAUGGGUGCGCCGCAAGCGCUUGAUCCGCUCUAGAAUCGUCUCCGAUACACCACCUAGAGUUCAAAUACAAUCCCUACCGCUUCCUCCUAUUUCAAACAGCGACGCCCAAGCGAUGUCUCGAUCGUCAAGUCGCAGUUCUGCACGCACCAAAUCGCAUUCACACAAAGCUGAAGUGGCCGCUGAAGGCUCUAUUAGUGAUCGGCCUUCUUUAGUCGGCAUCGGAUCGAAGAUAAACAAUGUAAAUUUAAUUGUUUUGCAUCGCGCUCAAUACCGCGCCAAUGUGGUGCCGCAUAUUAUUGAAAACCCGACAAGUGCUGCCGAAGUGUUUUACAAUCCGCAUCAGAGCACGGUUGCGCGGAAGUUCUUCAGGAGGCAGCGAAGAAACAUGAUGAAGCGCAAUAAUCUUCAACCCAAACCGCCCAGGGAUGUAAACAGCGACGCCACGUCGGUAUUUUCUGAACCGCGACUCCCAAAGAACAAAAACACUGAACAGAAUAUGUUUGGAACCAACUCAAAGGUCAAUAACACCAAUAUCCAUGUGGAACAUAUCCGCAAGUUCCAAAGGAAGAAUCCGAAUAUAUUUUCGGACAGCGCCGACGAGUUUGAGUGCCUAAGUGAUGUUCCAGUGGAGAAAAUUGUUAUCAAUGCGGAGCGACUCAGGAAAAAAGAAAUGUCGAGGAAUAAAACGCGCAAGAAGUCCAACGUGCCUCAAGAAAACAUCAGCCCCGCUCAGAUGCGCACAGUGUCUCAGCAGUGUACUUUGGACUAUAGUUCGGAAAAUCCACUGUCGGACUCUAUUCUGGAUAAGGGCGAUCUCACAUCGCCGUUAUCGCCUACGCGGGCUUUACCAAGCUCGAUGAAACAUGUUAGAAACGUCUUACAUGAAGACAUACAACAUUCGGACGUCACCGGCGCAACAGUUUCCUUCAACGUUCGGAGGCCCAACAGUCCUAUGGAAGAAUCUCAUCAAUAUGUGGAAAUAGGCGAAUUGAGGAGCAGUGAAUCUACGAUUCGAGGAGGGAGGUUUGGCAUCGGCGACAAAAACAGCCCACUUGCACGGCUGCGGUCUCCUUCAAAUUUCUCGCGCGCCAGUAGUGCAUCAGCUACAGAUAUAGACGAACUUUAUCAGCAGAUACGAAGAGGACCUUUACCGGGGAGGAUGCGGCCAGGCCAGCACUUCUCUGUGGAAUUUUCGCGUCCUCAAAGGGCCUAUUCCAGUCCGUUUUUAUCGGACUCGGAAGUAACCGGGUGUACGGAUGAUCGUCAUCGUCCACAGAGCAAGUACCAAGAAGACGUAAGUUCAAUUGAUAUCGAAACAACUGUUUAAUGUAGACAGUUUUAGUUUAAUUUGAUUGCUGUCGUCAGACACUUAUUUCUUAGGGUCCUAAAUGCGAAUAUUUCAGUUCAUUGGUUUAUUUGUACUAACUGUAAGAACUAUUAAUAAUUCGUAACAAUCAAUGAUAUUAUGCAGUGUUGCGCUUAAGUGACAAAUUAAAGCUAGUGCAGUGCUAAUUUUGCUCUCUGGUCGGUAUCUAUCGGCAGCUGGUAGGUAACAAGGGUUUUCCGCCGAAGGAAAAAGCCUCUAGCAGCUGUUUUGACUAAUGUAAGAAUGCUCAAGCAAGUGUGCAAUUUCCUGUGUGCAUGAUUAUUCUACCUUGUGAUUUUUAGUUUGUAUUUUUAUUUUUGCGCGCAACGCAGCAUUUCACUUUUAUUAUUGCCAGUCUCAUAGUUAAGGUCUAUUCUGUCUGGAAACUUGAGUAUUUAUAUACGAAAAUCUGUGAUAUCAACGAAACUAUUAGGUAUAAUUUUGUCGGUUUGGGGAGUGCUGAUAAAGUCAGAUCUGAGCCGUUUAGUUAGAUUUUGAAGCCCUGUAUCUUGCCAUGUUUGGAAAUCGGACAAUUAUUUGCAGUGUUUUAUUUGAUUGAGCAUUUGGGCCCAUAUUUUUCUGGUGAUUUCUUGCGAAGCGGUUUUAACAUUUCUGUGUAGUUAGUUCGGCAAAUGGUCUACAAAUCUCGGAACUAUCCGGGUAUUGAUAAUAAUGGUUCUGUUGAUAAUAUUCAUGAGGUUCCACUGUUAAUGUGGUCCCCUUUUUCUCUUUAUCGAAACUGCGGUUUUCUUAAUUUUUCCAAUAUUUAUUAUACUAUUUUGGUGCCGAACUUUUUUAACUGACUUUGUCGCAGCUCCCAUUGUCAAUGAAUAUGUACUCGUAACAGCACUAUAAAUUUACUCCUAUACAAGAUUUUGAUACGGGAUUUUGUCGU